CAACUCUGAGUGACGUGGUCGUGUGGAGAGCAGGGAGGGCCGCGGUAGCGCCCUUCCCCGGGGGAGCAUUCGUAGUGGGGUCGGCAAGUUGAGGCUGGGGGUCGAGAGGAGUCCCGGGUGGGCCAGGACGGAGGCUGGGACUGGCUGGAAAGGUACCGGUAGGCAAACUGUAUGGGGAGCGGGGCUGGGACUUAGUGGCAGGAGGAGGAGGCCUGUGGGUUUCCAUAAGGCCUCCUUUCCCCGCCCCGCAAAGUUGCAAAGGUAAACACAGCAGCAACUCAAAAUACAUAAAAGGAAACUUGCGGCAGCAGCCAUGGGCUGGUAAAAGCUGUAAAACCCACGCCGGGUAUUUGGGGUGUUUGACUGAGUGGCAGAGAAACGGGGGCUGAGGUCAGUAGACUGCACAGAUGAGGGAGAAACAGUAGUGCUGUUUUCUUGAGGGGGCCUUUUGGGGUAUAUUUGUAGGGUUUGGUGUGGGAGGUGAACAGGCAAAAAUUUGGAGCCAAGCAGGGAGCAUCUGGGGCCUGAGUUCCCAACUCAUGUAAUAACGAGGUGUUAGGGCUGAGGGAAUAAAAAUCAUAGGUGGUGUUGAGCUAAGGGAAGGAGGGGUCCCGUGAGUUGCUGAUGUCCUAAGGUAACUGGUUGUAUUGGGAGCAAGGAAGGGCUGGCCCAAGACAGUUUGACACCUGAGACAAACCACAAAAUGGCACAAAGCUGCCCACAAGAGAAAAAGAGGUGUGUGAAGAUCUGCAUCAGGAACAAGCGGGGGUCAGGGUGGAAAGGAAUAAAGUGCUACAUCGGGAACAAGAGUGGGAGGAGACCAGCAGUGCCUCCUAUUCACCGGGAGGCCACUGUAGAGGCAACAUUGGGGAGGGGGGCAGCAAUGCAUUCCUUGGGGACUGGAUCUGCUGUCCCUGUGGACCCUGCCGCCUGAGGUGGGCCUCAUGGGUGGUUCCAACCCUGGAGUGGGGCUUGGCUGAUAAGGCAGAGACGCUGUUGGAAGUGGCUUGGAAGGUGACUUACAAUGAAGAGCCAAGAUGGGGAAAGCAAAGCUGUCCUUCUACCUGCCAGCCCUUCCAAAAUGAGUAGUGUGCUGGGGUUGGAAGACUUAGCUGAGGCUCCCAUAGUGACUACAGAAAGCUGUGAAUGUCCACACCAGCCUGAGAUGUGCAGCUUGAACUCUUUGGUUGACGGAAAUGUUGAAAACCCAAUGAGUGAGGAGCAGAGUAAGAAAGAGGCACUUUUGGUGGAUGAGGCUGUAUCCCAACCCCACCAACCGGUUACCUGUGAUGUCUCUGAAGAGCUAAGCAGACAACUGGAGGACAUUCUGAACACAUAUUGCCUGGAUACAAACCAGGAAGGACCAGGAGAUGACAAUGGGCAGAGUGAACCUGUAGAGAUGGAUGAGGCAGAAAAGUGCCAGAGUGAGUCGCCAAGGAAUGGCGAGCAGGAGCAGAGUUGCCCUGAGAUGAAUGGAGAGAAAGAGGGACCCAGAGGGACCAGCGAUUUAGGCGGCGAGCGUGAUCAGAAACGAGCCCAAGAAAAAAAGAAAGCUAAGGGGCUUGGCAAGGAGAUCACGUUAUUAAUGCAGACCCUCAACACUCUCAGCACAUCUGAGGAGAAACUGACAGCCCUCUGCAAGAAGUAUGCUGAACUGCUGGAAGAGCACAGAAACUCUCAGAAGCAAAUGAAAAUCCUUCAGAAGAAGCAGACCCAGUUGGUGCAGGAGAAGGAUCAUCUACGGAGCGAGCACAGCAAGGCCAUCUUGGCCCGCAGCAAGCUGGAGAGCCUGUGCCGGGAGCUCCAGAGGCACAACCGCACCCUCAAGGCAAAAGGUGUCCAAAGAGCCCGGGAGGAGGAAGAGAAGCGUAAGGAGGUGACAUCCCACUUCCAGGUGACCCUCAACGAUAUCCAGCUGCAGAUGGAGCAGCACAACGAGCGCAACUCCAAGCUGCGCCAGGAGAAUAUGGAGCUGGCCGAGAGACUGAAGAAACUCAUUGAACAGUAUGAGUUGCGAGAGGAGCACAUCGACAAGGUCUUUAAACACAAGGACCUGCAGCAGCAGCUGGUGGAUGCCAAGCUCCAGCAGGCUCAGGAGAUGCUGAAGGAGGCUGAGGACAGGCAUCAGCGGGAAAAAGACUUUCUAUUGAAGGAAGCUGUGGAGUCCCAGAGGAUGUGCGAGUUGAUGAAGCAACAGGAAACCCAUCUCAAGGAGCAGCUGGCCCUCUACACAGCAAAGUUUGAAGAGUUUCAGAACACACUAUCCAAAAGCAGUGAAGUGUUCACAACCUUCAAGCAAGAAAUGGAGAAGAUGACAAAGAAGAUCAAGAAGCUGGAGAAAGAGACCACAAUGUACAGGUCCCGCUGGGAAAGCAGCAACAAGGCCCUUUUGGAAAUGGCAGAAGAGAAAACUCUCCGGGACAAAGAACUGGAAGGGCUCCAAGUGAAAAUCCAGCGCCUGGAGAAGCUCUGCCGAGCCCUGCAGACAGAGCGCAAUGACCUGAACAAGAAGGUGCAGGACCUGUGUGCCCUUGUGCCUCCCGCUGCCAGCACGGACCUCCAGGGACCACCAAAGGACCCAUCCCAAGGCAGCUCAGAGGAGCUGGCACCUCGGGGCACCACCAUGGAGGAAUGCCUUGCCCUGGCACAGGCGGUGUGCUGCACUGGACCAGCCGAGAGGUUUGGGGAGCCAAGCAUAGGAGGAGCCCCUGCUCGGGAAAAGAUGGAUGAAGCUGCUGUCUCUCUUGAGUAAAGAUGGAGGAAGGGGGAGAGGCAGGCAUACCUCUCCAGAGACUGGGCCCCAGGCCUGGGGUGACAAAGCUCAGUCCCCCACCCCCCAGGCACUUAAGGUGUCCCAGUUUAAGCUUGAAGGCGUUUUUCUUUUCUUUUUUGCUUUAUAAAAAUUAUCUCACUAUAUAUUACACGAUAUGAUGUGCAGGGCAACUCCCACUUUUUAUAUAUAGGCCUAGGAACUAGAUUGAAACACAUCCUUGUGUGUCGUGCGAACAUCUCGAUAAGUGUGUGGCAGUUUCACCAAAAUACCUUUUGAAGUAUGGGUGUGGGGGAAUCUUGCCAACCCUAACCCUAUCCCCCUCCCCCAAACACAGUUCGGCUGCUACAUCUCACUGUGGGUGCUAUGCCAUGAAUGCAAAUUUAGGAGGUUGGCAUCAGGGCGGCCCUUGGAGGAUUUGUUUCUUUUUCUCAUAUAUUGACCAGACCCAGAGGCUUAAAACCAGAACAGGAGACUCGGGAGUUUGCUAUCUAGUAGGUUAUUUUUAGCAUGUAGAUUCCCCCAAGAAAGUGGAGAAUAAAGUAGAUGUGACUUUGCUUCACGGGGACAGGAGACUGAGAGUCCUGUUGGUUUGAGGAGAGGGUGGGUGGGGAGCAUCCUCUCUGGGACUUUGCUACUUCCAGAAUCUAUGUUUCAACAGCCUUACGACUUCACCGUUGCCUCUAUGCUUAUACACGCACAAGUGUAUGUAUUAAAGAUUUAAUCCAAAGGUUUUCCUUCCUUAAGUGUUUUGCACAUGAUGAGCACCCGUGCACAUGGUUGCAUGUGGGAAAUGCUCUGGGGGUGGGGGUGGGGCGGGCAGGGGGAGUGAAUCCCCUGCAUGUGUUAUAUACUCCUCUUUGGGAUACUUUGGUAUUGAACGUCUCCACAGUCCCAGAGGCUCAGGGAGACAAACCCUAAUCUCCCAGGCAGCAAAGCCCAAUAACUAGAAACAAACUUAACACACAUCAGGAGCUGCCUGGAGAUUGUCCUCCGUGACCGGACUCCCGUUUCCUUAUCUUAACAGCACUUUUCCUUGAGCCACCUUCUCCAUGAGCCACAGAGUUCCAUGUCAGUAAAAAAGAGGUUUCCUAUUUAGUCCUCAGUGCUGCCAUGGCUAGUUUAAAAGCAUAGAGGCUUUUUCUGUUUGUGAUUUCAACUUCUGCUGCUUCUUUGGCUUGAAACCCAACUACAGACUUCUUUGCGUUUUAGUAGCUGCCUUUGCUUUUAAAACUUUGCAUCCCUCCUCACUGGGGCCAUGAUUAGCCUUUAUUAUAAUUCCUGUCUUGCUGAGCUGCCUAUUCCUCAGUUGUGUUUUGAGCUGUUGAGUGUUGGUGUUUGGGAACAGCUGUGGUCCGGCACCAUUCAGGCCCAGCCCUAUAUACUUCAAACACUCUGUGUUAAAGGAAGCUGGGCUUUAGGAAACAGGAUUAGCAAUGCAUUUUGUACGAUCUGACUUCUCACUCAGGUUGGCAGAUUUCUUGCAGAGCUGUUUUGCUUCCUUGUUUCUCUUACUGGGUGACAUCCAGCAUUGCACCAGCAGAUAUGGCAGGACUUCACCUUUGCCACAGCCCCUGUCCCCACGCACACCCAAUCUGCUCUGGAGGGUCCAUCAACCCUUGAGCAAUUUCAAGGGUGAUGGGGUGGCUGGGGUGGGGCUGGGGAGAGCAAGUCCAUGCUAUGAAUGGGCCGCCUCCCAUCCUCUUCCUCGUACUUUGCAGGGCUUGGCCGAAAGCUGAUGAAUGUAAAUGGGAGAUAGAACUUUAGUCUUGGAGCGGGACAGAACUGAACACCGGGAUGUUUCAAGAAAACCUUCCAAUUUUUUUUAAUGCAGUGGUACAGGCAAUAUCUAGAUCUGUUAUAUAUAUCUUUGUAUCCAAUACAAAUGAACAUAAACUUGACUGCAUGUCUGUGCUCCUUUUUUUCUCCGCUACCAUCAUGGAUAUUGAGGCAGGCUAUUGAGCUUGGCACACGGCACCAAUUUCCAGAUUCCAUCCUAAUUCGCUAAAAAGGGUAUUUUGGCCCUUUUCAAGGGGCUUGGGACAGUUUUUGUAUCACUUUCAUGUGUACUGUAAGCGGUGAAAAUGGGUCUGGGAAAUAUUUUUCACUUGCUUAGCUUCAAAAUCAUUUUUUGGUUAGGAUUCAGAAAUAAAACCAAUGUAGUGCUUUAGAGGGAGUGUUAGACUUCUUAAGCAUUAACACCAGACUUUCAGGUCCCAGUUCAAGAAGACAACUCAGAUUUUUUCAUUGGUCUAGAAUACUGAAGACUGAAGUUACAAGGGGUAGUCCUAAUUUGUAUUAUAAUUUAAUUUGAACUCUAGUUACAUUUUUUAAAAUGAAACCAUAGAGCUGUGAGGGACCUCAAAUACCAUCCAAUGUACUGUUACAGCAGCCUUGUGGAGGUGUGGGCCAUUCAGCUUCUGUUUAAAAACCUCUUAACCAAAAAGAGUGUCCACCACUGUUCCAGAUUGAAUAUCUUGUGCUGUUAGCAUGGCAAGUUCUUCCCAAUGCUUUGUUGAAACCAUGUACUGUAUGUAAAUUUGAAUGAACUGGUGUGGAACGUGGGGUGACCUGACACCCCUCUGAUUCUGACCAUUGGCCAGGACCGAUUUUGAGUCAGAUCCAACAAAAUCUGGAGCAUAGAUGAAGCAGCACCUGUAUCUCCAGUUAUACAACUGCCAUGAGGCAUCCUAGCCCCUGUUCAGGCUUUUGGGGGGGGGUGCAGUGUGCUUUCAUGAAUUGUACUCCUUCAGCAACACUUGUGAUAAAGGAAUUGUAGCUGUGUGCCCUGCCCCAAAGCCUAGGCUAUGAAUAUGACCAAACGCAGAUCCACCCCCACUGGGGAGGUUCUGCAGGCCAUCAUAUGUCAGGCUUAAAAGCUUCUGCUUGGGGCAAGCAGCUAAACUUCUAAUUUACAUUUUUCAAAGGAUGGGGGCUCCACCUCUCCUUUUCUUUCUUUAUAAAGGUCCUGCUUCUACCCUGGAUAAAUGUACCAGGUCAAGCUAUCCUGGGCGUGAAGGGAGGGAAGAAGUCUAAUGUACUACUUGGGCUGAAUGGACGCUGUGGGGUCAGGAGGGGGAAGAUGGGCAGAGGAAGGCCUACCUAGGUGGAAUCCGAUGCCUUCUGUCCAUGCCCAGAGACCUUUUCCCGUCUACGUGCUCUUGGGCUACUGAAGCCUAUCCUCCAAAACGGGUUUAAGAAUUCGGGCGUUUGCAAUGGGCUAGCUCGGAACACGGGUGGGGAGCAAGCUAGUUUUCCAAGGGCCCGGAUCUGAGCGAUGGAGCAGCGGCUGCUGUCCACGAAGGCGGUGGCAGCGUCGGAUCCAGUGAAAAGGCAUGUCAUUCUGGCCGGCGCCAAGCCUCCCUCCGCCCGAGCCUUGGGAUACCAGCUGCAGCCGACCCCAGGCGGAGCGGACCCUGAGCAUCGGGCCGCCGUUUCCACAAGCCCCUGCCUGGCCACCGCCUCUCCGAGAGGGUGCGCGCGCACGCGCUCGGCGCUUCUCGGGCGCGCAGCAGCAAGAACAGCCGCCGCGGGAGCGUCCCCCAUGGCCCUUCUCCGCAGCAGAGGUCAGUGUCUCCGCAGCGCGUCCUCCACUCCAUGCGGUACGAAGUGGGGGGAGGGGGCGCGUGGAACCUCGGCGAGGAGAACGUUCCGAUUUGGAACGCGGAGCGAGGAAUCAGCGUUCCAAAUCGGAACGUUGGCUGUGGCAUCUUUUGUUGCUGGCAGAUGGCGGUGGGUGGGAAAUUAACCGGCCUUUUAAGAUUGCCGGCGGAGAGCAAGACCUUUCCUCCUUUCGCCCCGGACCCCGUUUCUAAGGCAGCAACCUCUUCUUAGAAGCCAGGCAGGGCUGUUUGUUAAGGCGCUGCAUCAUCGCCUCCUCCUCUUCACGGUCUUGUUUAUCGAUCUAUUUAUGUGAGCUCCUUCUGUGAUGCAAGGGCGCAAAUAAGAGAAGGUCGAUGAGCAGGGGAGGGUUCAGAUUAGCACUUCAGUGUUUGUAUAUGCGGGAGGGCGGGGUGUGAGGUGACUUACUCUUUCUAAAGUGUUGCUACCUAAAUGAGAUGCACAGGGCAUUUCUCAUAGCGGGAGAACCAGUCCUCACCCAAGCAGCUGACAACCCCCAGCAGCUACUGCCGGCCCCAGCGCUAAAUGCUCCCGUUAGAGAAGGAGCCCUUGCACCCAUCACUCACCCCACCGACCCACCUCUCUGAUAAUUGGCCCUAAACCAAGAGGUGUCCCUGAUGGGACCAUGUGCCGUAACAGAGCAGGGGCUGCAACACCGGGGAGCAGUUAGCUUUGGAGAACUGGGCGGAGGGAGGAUUACCACCCCUCCUCAAAAUGUCCCUUCUGGAAUAUUAACACAUUUAUUUAUGAAUCAAUUUAAAUUCUACCUUAUUUUCUUACACAGAGCUAAGGGGUGUAAAAUACAUACCCCACCCUCACAUGGACGCAGCCAGGAUUUUUGUUGGGGGGGGGGGCAGGCUUUUGUGAGGAGGACUGGACAACCUCAGAUUUGUAUUGAUUCUUAUUGAUUUUGAUUGAUGGGGGGGAAGCUGCCCCCUGCCUCUCCUGGCUAUGCCCAUGCAUUCUCAUUUUAUUCUCAAAACAAACCCUGAGAGCUAAGUUAGCUUAAGCAAGCAAGACAUCUUCCCAACACCACCUGGUGAGCUUUGUGGCUGGCUGGGGACUGAAGCUGUCUCUCCCUAGCGCCAACACUGAUCAGCGAUGCCAUUUUCUGGGUUGUAUCUUCUGGUAGUGCGGUGAAGAAGGCUAGUAUUAUUCUAGGCUGCAUCAACAGAAGUAUAGUGUCCAGGUCAAGGGAAGUAAUAAUACCACUUUAUUCUGCCUUGGUCAGACCACACCUGGGAUACUGUGUCCAGUUCUGGGCACCACAAUUUUAAGGAGGAUAUUGACAAGCUUGGAAUGUGUGUGGAGGAGGGCAGCCAAGAUGAUCAGGGGUCUAGAAACCAAGUCUUAGAAGGAAUGGUUGAGGAAUCUGGGUAGGUUUAGCCUGGAUAAAAGGAGACUGAGAGAAUAUAUGAUAGCCAUCUUCAAAUAUCUGAAGGGCUGUCACAUGGAAGAUGGAGCGAGCUUGUUUUCUCCUUGUCCAGAGGAUAGGACCCAAAGCAAUGUAUUCAAGUUACAAGAAAGGAGUUUCUGACUAAACAUCAGGAAGAACUUUGUGAUGGUAAGAGCUGUUUGACAGUCGAACAGCCUCCUUCGGGAGGCUGUGGACUCUCCUUCCUUGGUGGUUUUAAAGCAGAGAUUGGAUGGUGUUCUGUCAUGGAUACUUUAAUUGAGAUUCCUGCAUUGCAAGGGGUUGGACUAGAUGACCCUUGGGUCCCUUCCAACUCUACAAUUAUAUGGCUCUAAGAAGGGUACCUAGGUAUCUCCACUGAACCAAAAACACCCAGCACCUCAUUUUCUCAUCAUAUUGUCUCCAAGUAAUGAGAAACUCAAGGGGUAAUGCAACCCAUGCAUGAUGUACUUUUGAAGGGGAGAGCAGUAGAGACUUACAGUAGGCUGCAUCCAAACUUACUGAGCAGUCACCUUGAUUUGUUUGUGGGAAGGUUGUACAAUCUUGCAUCGAGCAAAUGUUUUCCCAACACUUUCCCGUGCAUUUUCCCCAUCACUUUUUUUAUCACCAAAACAAUCUUUUCUGUAGGGGGAAGCAAAAUUGUUGUGCCCAAGCAUUUUU